CGUUUCCGGUUUCCGUCAUGGCGGCCGCCGUGGCUCGCUGGAAUCAUGUGUGGGUCGGCACCGAGACCGGGAUCCUGAAAGGCGUGAACCUUCAACGGAAGCAGGCGACCAACUUCACGGCGGCCGGCCAGCCGCGGCGCGAGGAGGCCGUGAGCGUGCUGUGCUGGGGCGCGGGCGGCGAGAGCCAGAUAUUGCUGGGCUGCGCGGACGGCACGGUGAAGCGCUUCGGGACCGAGGAAGGCGCGUUCCAGGGACACAGGCGCUGUCCCGGCGGCGAGGGCACGUUCCGGGGCCUCGCCCAGGCCGACGAUUCCCUCAUCACGUGUGUGGACUCUGGGAUCCUCCGGGUCUGGCGUGACAGUGACAAGGAGGCCUCUCCUGACCCGGUGAGGCUCCCCUGGGCCGGGCAGCUUCUGGAACUGAGCGUGGGCCCUGGGGUGUGUCGGAUGCGGCAGGAUCCAGGACGUCCCCAUGUGGUCGCCACAGGCGGGAAGGAAAAUGCACUGAAGGUGUGGGACCUGCAAGGGUCUCCGGAACCUGUGUUCAGGGCCAAGAAUGUGCGGAAUGACUGGCUCGACCUGCGUGUUCCCAUCUGGGACCAGGAUAUCCAGUUCCUACCCGGGUCUCAGAAGCUUGUCACCUGCACAGGGUACCACCAGGUCCGCGUCUACGACCCAGCGUCCCCACAGCGCCGGCCAGUCCUGGAGACCACCUACGGAGAGUACCCACUGACGGCCAUGACCCUCACUCCUGAGGGCAAUUCGGUGAUUGUCGGCAACACUCAUGGGCAGCUGGCAGAAAUUGACUUGCGGCAAGGGCGCCUGUUGGGCUGUCUCAAGGGACUGGCGGGCAGCGUCCGUGGGUUGCAGUGCCACCCUUCAAAACCCUUGCUGGCUUCCUGCGGCUUGGACAGGGUCUUAAGGAUCCACAGGAUCCGGAACCCACGGGGCCUGGAGCAUAAGGUUUAUCUCAAGUCUCAGCUGAACUGCCUGCUCCUGUCAGGCAGGGAUAACUGGGAGGACGCGCCCCCCGAGCCCCCGGAGCCCGCGGAGCUGCCCGCAGAGGACACGGAGACCGAUGAGCUUUGGGCGGCCUUGGAGGCAGCGGCGGCCAAGCGCAAGCUCCCCGAUUCCGAGCCCACACUGGGGGCUCCCCAGAGCAGGCGGAGGAAGAAGAAGCGCCCCGGCUCCGUCAGCCCCUAACACCUGUGCCCACUUUGUAAAUAAACAUCCCGGCCCCCACCGUGCCCCCGGCCUUCUGUGAGGGGAGAAUGGAGAGGGUU